CCGCUCAACUCUAUUCUUUUCUUGGGAAGAAAUAUGGCUAAAGAAAACUCACAAGAAUCACAAUCAGACCAAGUCGAGUCUCAAGAGUCCGAAAUUAUCGAAGAGACGCAAGAUCAAGACAUCAUUGUCGAUGCAGAUACAGCACAUUCUGGCUCCAUUCCCUCACUUCCUACACCGUUUCGUCCACUUACCGAAACGUACUCGUAUCAUUCUCCGACACCUACCGCGAAAGGACCCUAUAUCCUUGGCGUCGAUGAGGCGGGACGCGGUCCUGCACUUGGUCCAAUGGUGUACGGUGUCGCGUACUGUCCUGUUUCGUACAAGGGCCAACUUGAGGAACUUGGUUUUGCUGAUUCCAAAGCGCUUACACACGACAAUCGUGCCGGCUUACUAGAAAUACUCAGCUCAGACCCAGAAAACCUUGGCUGGUCAGUUCGGGUCAUCAGUCCUCAGGCAAUAUCAAGUGGCAUGCUUCGAAGACCACCGACGAAUCUAAACAAACAAGCUGAAAAUGCAACCAUCACACUCAUUCAAGAAGUUCUCGACAGAGGUAUCGUAUUGUCUGAGGUAUACGUCGAUGCACUUGGAAACACAACCACAUAUGAAAAGCACCUCUCCAACCUCUUCCCAAAUAUCUCCUUCACAGUCACUGCGAAAGCCGACUCAAAGUUCAAGAUCGUCGGAGCAGCCAGCAUUGCUGCAAAAGUGACACGCGAUGCGUGGAUCACUGGUUGGGCCUUUGAAGAACAUGAAUCGAGUCCACAAUAUACGUGGCCAGAUGAACGAGGCAGUGGCUACCCUUCUGAUCCGAAAACACAGGCCUGGUUGCGCGAUGCAGUUGAACCGACGUUCGGAUACCCUUCUUUAGCUCGGUUCUCUUGGGGGACAAUCAAGGUAGCGCUUGAUAAGAACGCUCAUCCUGUGAAAUGGACUGACGAGGGACAGGCAUCAUUAGUGAAGGCCUUCGAGACUGCCAAAGGAAGAGAAAAAGGGCGGUGUGUAUUAGCAAGGGAAUUGAGUAUCCAGAGCGUUGGGGAUUUAUGA